GAGAUAUUUUGGUUGUCUCAGCGCCUCCCAGGCAGAGAUUUAUUGUCUUAGGAAACCUUCACGAAAUAAUCCCCGGGUGCUGACCUGAUCUUCAGCUGAGAGAGCGUGAAAAGAGGACAGAAAGGGGCUGCUGUCCUGGGUGUGGUGUGGUCUGAACUUACUGGAGUCUGAAACAUACACAGGAGAGGAUAAAACAUCUGCUUCUGCCCCAAGCCAUGCGCUGGCAGGCAGCGAGGAUCUAUUACUUGAGCUGCCUGAGGAGCAAAGAAGGCCGAGGGCGACGGCUGAGCAGACACAAAGUGCCACUUGUUGGGAUUGUCAUCUAGCUCCCUCAUCUGUCACCUGAUGGCCAGCCAAACAAGUGCUCAGCACAGCCGUGGACCAUUCAUUCAUCCCUACACAAGCAACGGAGGCGAGAAAAGUAAGCAUCUUAUUACAGCUGUUAUGAUAUUCAGCAGUUUUUUCUAUAAAGGAAUGCAUUGAAUUCGCUACAAAUCUACUAACUCUUCCCCUAUGCCAGGCGAGAGACUGUGGGUUGUUUUUUUUUUUUUUUGGUUGGGUUUUUCUCUAGCAGCUGGAGGUCUGGUGGGCAUUCAUACAAUGGCUGUUGAUUAAGGCAUCUGUUUCGUUGUCUAAUUGCAUUUUUACUGCAGUAACUUAGUCAAGCAGAAAGCAUUGCAUUACCUACAAUGAGCUACUUCCUGUCCUACUGCAAAGCGCACUGCACCACCGUGCUCUCUCAGUAUCAGACCCUGAGAUCAGAGGGCUUUCUGUGUGAUAUUUUGCUGAAAGUGAAGGAAAAUGAGUUUCCUGCACACAAGUCUUUGUUGGCAUGUUCCAGUGACUAUUUCCGAGCCAUGUUCAAAAGUUACACACAAGAAUCUAAAGCCAGUGUGAUUCAGCUACAAGUUGUCUCACCCACUGGUCUCCAGCACAUCCUGGAUUUCAUUUACACUUCCUUGCUGCCUCUUUCCUUUGAAAGCCUGGAGGAGACCUUGGAAGCUGCGAGCUACUUGCAAGUGACUGAUGCCAUUGGCUUGUGCAAUCAGUACUUGGUUAACAACCUCUCCUUGGAGAACUGCUGCUUCUCUGCCAAUGUUGCCAGGAGGUUCUACCUGCCAGACGCCCUAGCUGCAGCAGAAAAAUACAUUGUCAACAACCUCUGGAAGCUGCUGGACUUGGAUUUGGCAGGACUGCUUGAGCUGAAUUUCAGAACUUUGCUAGCGGUGGUAGAAUCACCAGAUCUCCCUAUGGUGAAAGAAACUAGGUUGCUGGAUCUUCUGCUGCUGUGGCUGAAGCAGGAUAAAUCCAGGUCUAUUCAUGGAAGCAGCCUUUUGGAGCACAUAAGAUAUGGUCUCAUCCCAGUGGAAGACCUGAGGAAAAUUUACACGCAGUCAGAAGUGCCCCUCACUGCAAGUAUCAAAUGCCUGAUCAUUAAAGCAAUAAACUACCAUACAUCAGUUUUCAGACAGCCAAUCCUGCAAGAUAAGUCCACCACACUGAGGAACCAGAAAACUCGGAUCAUUCUGCUGGGGGGAGGGACAGUAAGUGAGGGUCUCAUCACUGAAGUGGUGGCUUUCGAUGUUUACAACCACAAAUGGAAAGCUCUCACACAGGUGUGUGAUGGGGUGCAGAACCACAGUGUGUGUGUGGUGGGGAACUUCCUCUACGUCUUGGGGGGAGAAGUAGAGGGUGGCACUCCAGGCGACCCUAACAGUGACAAGAUCUUAUUGGUUACGAACAAGGUCCAUCGCUACGAUCCGAGGUUUAACACAUGGACCCAAAUCACAGGCAUGUUGGAAAAGAGAUGCCAAUUUUCUUGUUGUGUCUUAAACAACAAUAUUUUUGCCAUUGGUGGACGGGGUGAGAAUGGGUGUCUGCAUUCAUCUGUAGAAGUCUACAACAUCAGCAGGGACAGAUGGACGAAGGCCAGGGAAUUGCCAUGCAAGAUACAUGGUCAUGCCAGUGCCACUUGCAAGAAUACUAUAUAUAUCUCAGGUGGCAAAUAUGCAGAACCAGCCAGCACGAGCAAGGACUUAUAUUCUCUGAGCUCGCUUGAAGGGCAAUGGAUGAAACAAGCCCCCAUGAGCAUUGCUCGGUUUGGGCAUCAAAUGGCGACAAUCAGAGAAGCCAUAUUCACAUUUUUAGGUUUAUAUGAACCAUUCUCUGAAAUAGAAAGAUAUGAUCCUGAUCAAAACCAAUGGACUCGUUUGAGGCCACUGAUCUAUGACCGAUUUUGCUAUGGUCUGGUGGUAGUAGAGGAAACAGCUCUUCUCAUUGGGGGAAAGAAAUGGCAAGACUCGCGGGAAGUCCCCACACAAGAUGUGGUUGGCUACGACAUUGACAACGAUAGCUGGGAGGAGAUUUGCAAAGCCCCCCUGCCCUGGUGUGGGCUGCAGUGUGCAGUGCUACAGCUGUCAGAGAUGGCCGAGGAACAGGGUAGCGACACCCUGCAAAAGAAGCUGCCAAACUGCUGAGCCAAGGCAUCGUGGAAUGGGAGGCCUGGGAGAUGAGCCACUGGGGCAGCUCUGGAGAAGAAGAAAAUUGUGAUGGCACUGGAUGUGACAGUGUUGAGGUUCUGUGGUGAUAGGCAAGACACUGGGUAGAAACAGGCAAGGAAAACUGGCUGCAGCCUGGGAAAAGGUGCAGCAAUUUGUAGAUCUGGGAGCCAACCUCACUGUGGAAAGAUGUAGCAAGUAGCACAUGUGGAGGAGAGGAGCUAGAAUCAUAAUCCUUGACUUUUUUUGAAGAGUAAUACCUAGACAACAAUUAAGAGUUGUUGCAAGACAGAUUUUUUUCUAAGGUUAAAAAAUAUAAUCCUCCAUUUCUGUUUUCUUAAUCAGAGGUAAUUUUCCCAGUCGGUAAGUGCUAUUGAAUUGCUAUGGUAUGGCUAAGGAAAGUGAAAGUGAGAUGUAUAAAGAUGAGGAAAUUGAUGCCUGUAAGAACUAAUAACAAGUAGUGCCAAGGAAAGGUAUUAUUUGAUAUGCUACAUACUAGGCAGGAGUGCCUUAGCUAAACAGCAUGAAAUUACUGGACAGAAAGUGUGGAUUUUUUUUAAAUGUAGCCUCAGUUAUGGCCAUAUGCUAAAACAGUGCUUGUUUCAUAGAAGCCAUUUCUCUCUGAACAGCCUUUGUUGUAGCAUGCCUUUCAGAUGAUUAUUUUGUAUUAUUUUGAAGAAACACUACUGGUACAGUACAUUUCUCAUGUAUCCAAGCCUUGUUAGUUUAGAUGGUCAGAGCUGAAUUGAUGUACGUACUGCAAGACCCUAUGACACAUGUUUCAGAAGUUGCUGUACCUAAUGCCCUGAUACUUACCUCAACAGCAUACAUUGCUUUAUCAUACCUGAUCAUAAUGGUAAAAUUGUUAAUUACUGAAUGUGAGAGAACCUGACAAACAGGUUUACUUUCACCAAAGAGUGCAAAGGGAAGGAACGCAACAGAAGGCUUUCAGCAGACUUCAUUCUGAGUCUGCCUACAGCCUACAAACCGACCAGCAAUGGUCCUACUUCUUUUUGGCCAUGCUGGCUGAGUUUGCAGACACUGCCCAAUUGCUGAGGGACUUGAAGGCACGCUGAUCUGUGAAACGUGUGUAAAGUAGUUAGAUGCCACUGUUUUUGUGUGCUUUAAACUGAAACUCGAAUCAGAGAUGUUCAUUUAAAAGCUAAAUUUAUUGUACUUCAUUUUACAAUGUUCCCUUCCUAGGUUGAGAGUUAAUACAAUAAAAAUAUAUAUAGAAGAACAUUUAAUAGUCUUAAAAGAAGGCAGCACAAUGGAUAGGACACAUGUUCUUUGUCACUAGACUAGCUUAAAAAACUGCAAUGUUUAAUUUUCACCUUUAAAGCAAUCAAGCUGACUUUACUAAUGUAAAGUGCAGGCAGAAUAGCUGUUGCAUAGCAACAGAUCUAAGUCUUCUGAACUGCCUUGGUUUUGACAAGGAAUCAACUACACAAUGUGCAUAUACAUCCAUCAGAUAUAAAGAGGUUUUAUAUGAAUAUAUUUACUUUUGGUCCGGUAAAACAGUAGCAAGAGAAUCUAAAUGCCUGGAACAAUAGCACAACCCAUUUCAAGUCAAGCAUUUUUUAAGAGAAAUGUACAAAAACCUCACAAAUUUAAUAUACAAGUCAGUACAUGCAGUAAAUAAAUGUUCAGUUUAUACAAACAAUAUUCUUCUAAAUGGUACAAAUAUUACACUGGAUCCAGAAUUCUAUACAAAUGUCAUUAAUAUAUGAUCCAUAUUGACUCGAAUAUCUAGGAUUACUGAAAAUGGGCUACAGAAAGGCCACUCUUCUGUACAAUUGUGCAAAAUCUGCAAAACAUUUGCAAUCUGAAUGCAAUAGGGUAACAAGGAGGAAAGAGAGAAAGAUAAAGGAAUAAAUGCAAAUAAAGUAACCAGAAAGAAAGAAAGAGAGAGAGAGAACAAAUAAAUAAAUCUGACUGUUCUUUCCUUCGUCUCGUCAUGGAUAUAACUGCCAGGAAAUACCAGAGCCCAUGAAGUUUAAAGUACAUUCACUGAGCUGUACAGGCAACAGACUAAAGUUGGCUAAACGCACAACUCACUGUAGAAAGAAUAAAGGAGGCUGCGUCCUCUUGCAUGAGCAUUAUUAAGCUGUGUCUCGAGUCCCAACUUAUGCAGCAAAACACUGAAAAGCAGCACAAAUGCUUUAUCAUGCCCUGAUCACUUUUUGAAAACAAGACCAUGAAGAGUAAAAAGAGUAAAUAGAUGAUAUUUAACCUCUUGCUUCCCUAUUCCAGACAGGUGCCUAAAUCUAAGGAGAUAUUUCUGCUUAUAUUCACUGUGCACUCCGCAGCACAUCUCGACUCUCAGGGAAGUUUCAAACCCUUCUGUUGGCUUGUGAACUCAGCAGAACCCAGAGACAUUCAGAGGCAGAGCAGAGACUUUCUGAGCUCUCAGUUGUUUUCAGGUUCUGUGCUUAGCUCUGUUCCUAUCAUACUUUUCCUCUGAGUACAAUACAGCAAAAUUUCACAGCUCAAAAAACACAGAGUACUUGAAAAAAUGUAUUCAUUCCUUUUCUAUUGCGGGAAUUUUCAAAGCCUCUCAGGUUGGGAGCAUUUUGUUGGGAACCUUUUCCGCUGCUGCUUUUCUGGGCAAUAGAAAUGCCUUUAUCAAAGAUGUUCAAAGUCUACUUUUUCUCUUUUGCAAAAUUUGAUCCCUUCAGUACAAAAGCAGCAUAAGUGACAGUACCAUGACUAACAUUUGUUUAAAAAAUUAAAUCAACCAAAUGUGAUUAAGAGACAAAUAACACCUAAUUUUGUCUUAAUUAGAAUACAGACCAGUAUCCCUUUGCACUGAUGGUAAACCUUAGCAACAGGAUUUUUAAAAGUACAAGGAAAUAAAACCUAAAUGUUUAAUACUUAAA